UCAACAAAAUCAUCAACAAGAACAAAACGGAUCAACAAUGUCAUUAGAAUCGACAACAACAUCAUUAUCCAAUUCAACAACAUGUUCAUCAUCAACAAAUCUAACAUGUAGUUCAGAAUCGAACCAUAACAAUACACAAACCGAUAAUGAAAAUGAUGAUAUAAAUUCUUGGCGUAAUAAUUCGAUAAAAUAUCGUCGUGCACGGCUCAAUCUAAAUCUGGUACCAUUGAAAAAUUUAUCAUUACCACAAAUAUCACCAACACCGACAACAUUGGAUCAAACAUUUCCAACGGCACAUCGUAAUGGUUCAUCAUGUUCAACCGGUGGUAGUAGUAGUGAUAGAAAUGUUGAUGAUUGCGGUCCGAAUGGCCGUUCACGAUCAUCGGCAAAUGGAAAUCGUAGUGAUUAUUUCAAUUUUUCAUUCAAUUCUAAUAAUCAUUCAUAUCAAACUUCUUGCUCACAUCAUCAUCAUCAUAAUUAUUCAUCAUCAUCAUCAUCAUUGAUGACAGGAGGAUACUUUUGUCCGACAACAACAGCUAUAUUAUUACAACGUCCACCAUCACCGAAAUAUAAUCCAAAAAAAUUCGAACCAAUUGUACAAUUGUCCAAUCAUUAUCCAGCAUCAGCGAAAUCAUCAUCAUCCACAUCAUCGACAAUAGCAGCAGCGACAAAUAACGAUGAUAUUAACCGUUGGUGUUUGAAUUUUCAAGAUUACAACGAUAAUCGAUCAUCAACUGUUUCAUCGAAUAAUAAUAAUGUACAACAACAACAGUUACGGUUCAACUAUCAGGAUGCUGUGCGAAUCGAUUCAAAUGUUUCGCUUGAAUAUCAAUUCUGGUACCAUGGUUCGAUUAAUCGAAAAGAAUCGGAAAAAAUUUUAGAAAAACACAGUAUUGGUUCAUAUCUUGUUCGUCGUAAUCGUCGAAGAAAUGUUUAUACAUUAUCAUUAAAAUCAAUAUUUGGUUACAUACAUUUUCGUCUAUUUCACUGUAAUCAUAAUAAUGGUAAUUAUUGGUCAUUGGGCCAUUUUGGAUGUCCAUCACUACAACAACAGGGUAUCAACAACAAUGUUGAUGAUAAUGACCAUCCAAAUCAACCAUGGACAUCGAGAUCAUCCACAUCAUUAAUGUUGACAAUCCGUUUUGAAUCAAUACCACAAUUAAUUGAUCAUUAUACAAUACAUCGUUUACCAUUGAAUGGAUGUGAACAUAUGGCCUUAUUGUAUCCGAUUGAGGUUCAAUUGCUUUAACCAAAAAACUACGUUGAUUGUAAAGGAAUAAAAAAAAACCAAACUGAUCGCCUUCUUUGUCAUUGACUUUGACUCAUUCCCCUUUUUUCUUUUCUACUCUGCUACUCUUUGUUAUUAUUUCAUUUUUUUUCUAACACACACACACAAAAUCACCAAACAUCAUUUCUCAUCAGUGUAACCAAAAAUUCAAAUGAUAAUCAUAAAAAAAAAAAAAAAAUUAAAACCUGAAACCCCUAAAAACAACAAUGAAUAUGACCUCAAACGAGCUUUUUUCUAUCCAUUACUGCUACUGAUAAUAGAAAAAUAACUACACUACUUCGAUUCUUAUUUUUUCGCAUAAUAAUCUUUAACAUAAUGAUAAAUUUAUUCUUGUAUCUCAGAUAAACAAAACAAAACACCGACAACAACCUAUCCAACUUCAUUCAUUGAAUAUAUUUUUCUAAUUAAUGUUUCCACAACAAUUAAUCGAUCGAUUGAUUGAUUGUUAUUUUGUUAAUUGCUUAUCGUUUAUUUUCCUCAUUCUUUAAAUACAAAUUCAUUAGAAAAACAUUUCAAGCAGGUCAAAAUGAUAAUGAUAUUCGACAUUUCAACUGUGCAAAUUGAUCAACAACCCAAACCAGAAAAAAAAAGAAAAACAGCUUCGAUAUUGAUCUCAAUAUAGAUAUAACAAAAAAAUAAUCGAUUCUUUCGCGUUUAAAAAAUAUUUUUCAAUGUUAUCACUAUUACUUAAAUUUAAAUUUGAAUAAUCAUCAUCACUCAUCAUCAUCAUCAUCAUGAUGCAUAUCAUAUAUUCACAUUUGUAAACAUAAUUAUAUCACAUCAUCAUCGAUAUAUUGCAUUACGAUGAUUAUCCAUCUUUCAUAUAAAAAUUAUUGAAUCAAUCAAUCCAUAUAUGAUCAAUCCAAUUAUUACAUGUUUUAUUUUUCACAUUUUUGCA